UGUUUGAGAACCCCUGAUAAAGCACGAGGAUCGUCGUGUUUCAUCAUUUGCUGAUUUUUAUGAAAUUAAAAAAGCCAUGGCAUCGUUUGUGGUACCGGUUGCAGUAAGAUUCACUCGUGUCACGAUUGAUAGUUUACACAAUAUAAAUAAAAAUAUAUUAUUUAGGUUAGCUCAGCCAAUGUACAUCUCUUGGCAGAAACAAGAAUAUAGUACAAUUACAGAACAGAAGAAACCGGAGAGUGGGGAGUCACAAACAUCAGUAUCUGAAAGUAUGGAAAACGAAAAGAAAUUAAAAGUAGAUUUAGAACUUCUCAAUAAAGAAUUAGCAGAACUUAGAACUUCUAAAAACGAGUUAGAAGAUAAAUAUAAAAGGGCGCUCGCGGAUGGAGAAAACCUACGAAUGAGAUUAACGAAACAAAUUGAAGAUGCAAAAUUGUUCGGUAUUCAAGGAUUUUGUAAAGAUCUUUUAGAAGUAGCUGAUAUUUUAGGCAAAGCUACAGAAAGCGUACCAAAGGAUGAACUCACGGAAAAGAAUCCACAUUUAAAAACUUUAUACGAAGGUUUAAGAAUGACAGAAGCACAAUUACACAAAGUGUUCAAGAAACACGGUUUAAUUUCGUUAAAUCCUUUGAAUGAAAAGUUUGAUCCUAAUCAACACGAAGCAUUGUUUCAACAGCGAACAAACAUGUCGAAAGCACCAGCAGUUGGAAUCGAUUUAGGAACAACCUACUCCUGCGUGGGUGUCUUCCAGCAUGGAAAGGUUGAGAUCAUUGCAAAUGAUCAAGGAAAUCGAACGACGCCGAGUUACGUUGCCUUUACAGACACCGAAAGGCUAAUCGGCGAUGCGGCGAAAAAUCAGGUCGCCAUGAAUCCCACCAACACCAUAUUCGAUGCCAAAAGAUUGAUCGGGCGUCGCUUCGAUGAUCCAACGGUACAGAGUGAUAUGAAACAUUGGCCGUUCACGGUGAUAAACGAGGGAGGAAAGCCCAAGAUCAGAGUGUCGUACAAAGGAGAAACGAAGACCUUCUUCCCAGAGGAAGUGUCUUCGAUGGUUCUAACGAAGAUGAAGGAAACGGCGGAAGCGUAUUUGGGGAAGACAGUGACCAAUGCCGUGAUCACCGUGCCAGCGUACUUCAACGAUUCGCAGAGACAAGCCACGAAAGACGCAGGAGCGAUAGCUGGUCUGAAUGUUUUGAGAAUCAUCAACGAACCGACCGCGGCAGCGAUCGCUUAUGGCUUAGAUAAAAGGACAUCGGGCGAAAAGAACGUUUUGAUCUUUGACCUGGGAGGUGGUACCUUCGAUGUGUCGAUCCUGACCAUCGAGGAUGGUAUCUUCGAGGUGAAAUCGACGGCAGGAGACACUCACCUUGGAGGAGAGGACUUCGACAAUCGUAUGGUGAAUCACUUCGAGCAGGAAUUCAAGAGGAAAUACAAGAAGGAUCUGAGCGUGAACAAGAGAGCACUCAGACGACUGAGAACAGCCUGCGAGAGAGCGAAGAGAACCCUGAGCUCGUCCACGCAAGCGAGUAUCGAAAUCGAUUCUCUGUUCGAGGGUAUCGAUUUCUAUACUUCCAUUACCAGGGCUCGAUUCGAAGAACUUUGCUCGGAUCUGUUCAGGAGUACCCUAGAACCCGUGGAGAAGGCUUUGAGGGACGCUAAGAUGGAUAAGUCUCAAGUUCACAGUAUCGUACUAGUCGGUGGAUCGACUAGAAUACCAAAGAUUCAAAAAUUACUGCAAGACUUCUUCAACGGCAAAGAGUUGAACAAAUCCAUCAAUCCGGACGAAGCUGUAGCCUAUGGAGCCGCUGUGCAAGCUGCCAUCUUGCACGGCGACAAGUCCGAGGCGGUUCAAGAUUUGCUGUUACUGGAUGUCACGCCAUUGUCCCUGGGUAUCGAAACAGCUGGCGGUGUAAUGACUACUUUGAUCAAGAGGAACACGACCAUACCGACCAAACAAACGCAAACCUUCACCACCUAUUCGGAUAAUCAACCCGGUGUCUUGAUUCAAGUAUACGAAGGAGAAAGAGCCAUGACCAAAGACAAUAAUAUUCUAGGAAAAUUCGAGCUUACCGGUAUUCCACCUGCGCCUAGAGGGGUUCCUCAGAUCGAAGUUACUUUCGAUAUCGAUUCGAACGGUAUCUUAAACGUUUCUGCCGUUGAAAAGUCGACUGGAAAAGAGAACAAGAUCACGAUCACGAACGAUAAGGGUAGAUUAUCGAAAGAAGAUAUCGAAAGGAUGGUGAACGAAGCAGAGAGGUAUCGCAACGAGGACGAACAACAACGGGAGAGAAUAUCCGCCAAGAACACUUUGGAAUCUUACUGUUUCAACAUGAAGAGUACAAUGGAGGAUGAGAAGGUGAAAGAUAAGAUCGAUCCAUCCGACAAAGACAAGGUUCUCAACAAAUGCAACGAAGUGAUUUCGUGGUUGGAUAGGAAUCAAUUGGCCGAGAAGGAAGAGUUCGUGGAUAAACAAAAGGAGUUAGAGUCCGUCUGCAAUCCUAUAGUGACGAAAUUGUAUCAGGGAGCUGGCGGUGGUGCACCGGGUGGAUUUCCAGGAUCUGCUCCUGGAGGAGGCGCAGGUGGCGGACCAACCAUCGAAGAAGUAGAUUAAAUUGUCAUCGUCGUCCAUAGCACCGAAACCGUCAUAUUUCGUUUAUCAUUUAUCAUUUCUCGUUUUCGUUUAGUUGUUUAACACGCAUAUACAUACACAUAUAUUUUUGUACAGUCAUGAUCACCGAUAUUUCUACGCUUUCUUAAAAUACGUGUAAUAUACAAAGGUUUUGAGAACAGACUUUUUUCUGUAAUUCUGUAAUAGUAUUUUAAUUUAAUUAAAUAGAAUUUGUUACAUAAAA